AUGCGACUUUGGGCCUUGGCACUUUCAACAAUUCUGGUACAUUCCACAGCAGCUAAGUUUAGCAAAUCAUCCUGGGGCCUGGAAAAUGAGGCUUUAAUCGUGAGAUGUCCUAGGCAAGGACGAUCUCGAUACCCUGUGGAUUGGUAUUACUCAAAAACCAACAAAUGUAUCACUACCCAGAAAAGAAAUCAUGUACUUGCCUCAGGGGAACGUCUUAAGUUUCUCCCGGCCAAAGUCAACGAUUCUGGAAUUUAUACUUGCAUUAUCAGAAGCCCUACCUUCAAUAAGACUGGCUAUGUGAACGUCACCAUAUAUAAAAAACAGCCAAAUUGCAAUAUUCCAGAUCAUCUGAUGUAUUCAACAACACUUGGAUCAGAAACAAAUUCCAAAAUAUAUUGUCCUACGAUUGACUUGUACAACUGGACGGCACCUAUUGAGUGGUUUAAGGAUUGUAAAGCUCUUCAAGGACCAAGGUAUCACACACACAAGACAUUUUUGCUGAUUGACGGUGCAACUAGCAAGGACACGGGUGAUUAUACAUGUAAAUUUAUACACAAUGAAAAUGGAGUCAAUUACAGCGUGACAGCGACCAGAUCACUCACAGUGAACAAUGAGGAAGGCUUUUCUUUGUUUCCAGUAAUUAUAGCCCCUCCACAAAAUGAAAUAAAAGAAGUGGAAAUUGGAAAACCAGCAAGCAUACCCUGCUCCGCUUGCUUUGGGAAAGGCUCUCAGAUCAUGGCCGGCAUCCUGUGGAAGGUGAAUGGAAGCAAAGUUCAGAACUUUGGACAACCAAGAAUUCACGAGGACCGGGAGCAAAAUCAAAGUUCCAGCAAUGAGUUGACUUGUCUGAGCACCGUUUUAAAAAUAGAGCGUGUGAGAGAAGAAGACUUAUCUGUGGAGUAUGACUGCCUGGCUCUGAAUUUGCACGGUUGGACACGGCACACCAUAAGACUAAAGCGGAGAAGUCCAAUUGACGAUCAAAGUACCUACUACAUACUGACAGGAUUUAGCAUCUUGUUAAUGCUAAUCAAUAUCAUGGUGAUAAUGCUAAAAGUGUUCUGGAUUGAGUUUAUUCUGCUCUGGAGAGACAUAGCUAGACCUUACAAAAGUAGGAAUGAUGGAAAGAUCUACGAUGCUUACGUUAUCUAUCCGCGGAACUAUACAAAUAGUCCUGAGAGGGCCAGUGCUGUGGGAUAUUUUGUUUACCAGAUUCUGCCUGAUGUUCUGGAAAAUAAAUGUGGUUAUAACUUAUGCAUUUACGGGAGAGAUAUGCUACCUGGAGAAGAUGCAGCCACCUCAGUGGAAACCAACAUACAAAAGAGUAGGCGGCACAUUUUUAUCCUGACUCCUGAAAUCACUCACUGCAGGGAGUUUGCCUAUGAGCAGGAGAUCGCCUUGCACAGUGCCCUCAUCCAGAACGACUCCAAGGUGAUUCUUAUAGAAUUAGAGGCUCUGAGCAAGCCAGGAGGGAUGCAGUUUGGGGAGCUCCAAGAUUCCCUCAAGCACAUCGUGGAAAUGCAAGGUACCAUCAAGUGGAAGGAAGAUGAUGUGGCCAACAAACGGUCCCUGAAUUCCAAGUUCUGGAAGCACGUGAGGUACCACAUGCCUGUGCCAAACAAACCCUCAAGGAAGACAUCCACUUGGGCUUCCCUGAGUACCCAGGGGCAGUAG